ACACCCCCUCUUCCACGUGGUUCAAUACCAAAUAUAAAAUGCAGAAAAUAAUUCUGUCUGCGCAACACUUACAAAAUAUUUUGUGAACUUUUACAGACAAAACUAAAAUUCAAUAUGCCUACAGAUGAAAAAGUGGCCAAAAUAGGACUAGUUGGUGUACCUUUCAGCAAAGGACAGCAACGAGAUGGGACAGAAAAGGGGCCUGGAGCACUUCGAAAUGGAGGUUUACUGGAAACUUUAACAUCAAUCGGUCACGAUGUUCAUGAUUAUGGAGAUCUGCCGUUAAACUUUAGUGAUGAUAAAGAGGGACAAAUAGGGGUAGCAAAAAAUCCCAAAACUGUUGGACAUGCAUCAAAGAUGAUUGCAGACAAAGUUUCUGAAGUUGUUAAAUCUGGCCGAACGUGUUUGGCAUUGGGUGGAGAUCACAGUAUGGCUAUAGGUACUAUAUAUGGACAACACCAGGUUCAGCCUGACCAAGUCGUUCUAUGGAUUGAUGCACAUGCUGAUAUUAAUACACCUUUGACAUCAGGAAGUGGAAAUAUGCAUGGAAUGCCUCUGUCCUUCCUUGUCAAGGAAUUAGAUCCGUAUUUACCCAAGAUUCCAGGGUUUGAAUUUGUCAAGCCAUGUCUGACAGCAAAAGAUAUAGCAUACAUAGGACUCCGUGAUGUAGAUCCAGGAGAAAGAUAUAUUAUUGAAAAACUUGGAAUCACAGCAUUUUCUAUGCAAGAAGUAGAUAAAUAUGGUAUCAAUGAAGUUAUGACACGUGCACUGAAAGCUAUAGACCCAGAAGGAAAACGUCCAAUUCAUUUAAGUUUUGAUGUUGAUUCAUUAGAUCCAUCUCUUGCACCGAGCACAGGAACACCAGUAUUAGGUGGGCUGUCACUCAGAGAAGGUUUAUAUAUUGCAGAGGAAGUAGCAAACACAGGUCGUUUAUCGGUAAUUGACGUUGCAGAAGUAAAUCCUAGCCUUGGUUCAGAACAAGAUGUUGAAACGACAGUGAAAAACACUAUUGAAUUUAUUACAAAAUGUUUUGGCAAAAGAAGACAAGGAGCCUAUCCUCCAGGAUACCAUAUUCCUUUACCAACAUAAACUUAUGUCUACCAUUGUUGUCACUUCUGUCUCUUGUAUAUAUCAUGCUAAAAUAGGAGUAAAAUAUCGCGUUGUUGGACUGAAACAUUUGCUUUAUGUGAGAAUAGGGAAAUCCAUUUUUAUGUCUCUCAAAAGUGUUCAUUAAGUCAAUAUUUUGAUACUCUUAUUCAUUGAAUUGUUGUUUUUGUGAUAUAUAUAUAUAUAUAUUAUACAUAUACGUGAAUUUGCGUGUUUAUAUGUAUAUUUGUUUUUUUAUUAAUUUAAUUAAAACUAAUGUAUCAAAAGAUAUUUUGUUCAAUUUUGUAACAUUUCAUACACAUAAAAUGGUCGGAGAUUUUCCAUCAUAUUUUGAGUUUUACAUUGUUAUUUGAUUGAUAUUUACAUUAUGUAUACAUUUUAUAUAAUCAUUUGUUUAAUUGUCUAACUAUAUACCACGUCAAACUUUCAUAUCGUAUGCAACCAUUUUACCAUUUUGACUGAGCAUGUGCUGCCAAUUAUGGUUUAUCAGUGGUAUAUCUAUUAAAAUUAAAAUUAAUGCUAUUGAU